AACAGUGAAUCCUAUCUGCUCUUUCACCCGCCUCUGAAAAACUCUCUCGCACCUUCACAUGUUUGUCAAAAAUUGCCCAAAUGGCUUUCUCCUCCUGUCUGAAAUGCUAUCCUUACUCUCUCCCGCAUACCAUAAACCACCAACACCACCACCACCCACUGCCUCACUCUUUUUCUCACAAACCCACCUCCAAUAUCUUCAAAUCCUGCGCCUCCACGCAACGCCAUGAGCAGCUCACAGCCGCAUCUCCACUCUCCAAAUCAACUCCAACAAAUCAGCUCCUUCCAGACUUCACCGCAAACCAACUCCUCGACACGCUUCGUCGCCAGAACGACGAGUCUUCAGCACUUCGCAUAUUCGAAUGGGCCUCAAAGCAACCCAAUUUCGCACCCAAUUCGUCGAUAUACGAAGAAGUUCUUCGCAAGCUUGGAAAGGUGGGGUCUUUUGAAUCGAUGAGGAGUGUCUUGGAAGAGAUGAAGCUCGCGGGCUGUGAGAUUAGUACAGGUACUUUCUUGAUUUUUGUUGAGAGCUACGCCGAGUUUGAAUUAUAUGAUGAAGUUCUUGGUGUUGUGGAAACGAUGCAAGAUGAAUUUGGCUUGAAACCCAACACGCAUUUUUGUAAUUUCUUGUUGAAUGUUCUUGUUGAUGGUAACAAGCUUAAACUUGUUGAAGACCUGCAUUCAAGUAUGGUGAGUAGAGGAAUUAAGCCGGACGUUUCGACAUUUAAUAUAUUGAUAAAGGCUCUCUGUAAAGCCCAUCAAAUUAGGCCGGCCAUUUUGAUGAUGGAAGAGAUGCCAAGCUAUGGUUUGUCGCCCGAUGAGAAAACUUUCACUACGCUAAUGCAAGGGUAUAUUGAGGAAGGUAAUAUGAGUGGUGCAUUGAGAAUUAGAGAACAGAUGGUAGAAUCUGGGUGCCCAUGUACUAGUGUGACGGUUAAUGUUUUAAUUAAUGGGUUUUGUAAAGAGGGUAGGAUAGAAGAAGCAUUGAGUUUUAUACAGGAGAUGUCCAAUCAGGGCUUCAAUCCUGAUCAGUUUACGUUCAAUACAUUGGUUAACGGUUUGUGCAGGGCGGGGCAUGUCAAGCAUGCUUUAGAGGUUAUGGAUUUAAUGCUCGAGGAGGGGUUCGAUCCAGAUAUAUUUACAUAUAACUCUUUGAUUUCUGGGUUGUGUAAAUUGGGUGAAGCUGAAGAGGCAGUGGAAGUUCUCAAUCAGAUGAUUUCAAGGGAUUGUUCCCCUAACACUGUCACUUACAACACUCUAAUUAGCACCUUGUGUAAGGAGAACAAAAUUGAAGAGGCCACUGAACUUGCUCGUGUUCUCACAAGCAAGGGAAUUUUACCUGAUGUGUGUACGUUUAACUCUCUUAUACAAGGUCUCUGCUUGACCAGUAAUCAUAGAAUUGCCAUGGAGCUGUUUGAGGAGAUGAAGAACAAAGGAUGUAAACCUGAUGAGUUUACUUACAGUAUUUUGAUUGACAGCCUUUGUUCUAGAAGGAAACUUGAGAAAGCUUUGAGCCUGCUGAAAGAAAUGGAGUCGAGUGGCUGUGCACGGAAUGUAGUUGUAUACAAUACUUUGAUAGCUGGGUUUUGCAAAAACAAGAGAAUUGAGGACGCAGAGGAGAUUUUUGACCAGAUGGAACUCCUAGGGGUUUCAAGAAAUUCGGUGACCUACAAUAGCCUUAUUGAUGGUCUUUGUAAGAGCAGGAGGGUGGAAGAGGCUGCUCAGCUUAUGGACCAGAUGAUAAUGGAAGGACUGAAGCCUGACAAGUUCACGUACAAUUCCCUGCUCACACACUUCUGCAGGGCAGGGGAUAUAAAAAAGGCAGCAGAUAUAGUUCAAAGUAUGACUUCAAAUGGGUGUGAACCAGACAUUGUCACCUAUGGGACUCUUAUUGGGGGCCUUUGUAGGGCUGGUAGAAUUGAGGUUGCAAAUAGGCUCCUCAGAACUGUUCAGAUGAAAGGAAUGGUCCUGACUCCUCAGGCUUAUAAUCCUGUACUUCAAGCACUAUUUAAGCGAAAGAGAACAAAAGAAGGCAUGAUGCUUUUUAGAGAAAUGAUGGAGAAGGCUGAUCCUCCAGAUGCUUUAUCGUAUAAAAUUGUUUGUCGUGGGCUUUGCAAUGGUGGAGGACCAAUUGGAGAAGCUGUAGAUUUUACGGUUGAGAUGAUGGAGAGAGGAUUUGUUCCGGAAUUCUCAUCAUUUGUAUUUCUGGCUGAAGGACUUUGUGCUUUAUCCAUGGAGGACACCCUAAUUAAGCUUGUUGAUAUGGUCAUGGAGAAAGCUGGCUCCUCAGACAGCGAAGUUUCCAUGAUAAGGGGUUUUCUCAGGAUCCGUAAAUUUCAAGAUGCAUUGGCUACUCUUGGUAAUAUCUUAGAUAGGCAACAGCCCAGAAAAGCCUACAGGUUAAGAUGAAAUUAGAAUGCUGUUGUGCUAAUUGGCAAGAGGCUAUAGACCACGCUUCCUGGUUGCUAAUAUGAAGCUUUUGGAUCACCCUUCAGUCCAGCGGAUGAUGCAGUGCAAAGGAGAUUCCCUCAUACAACUCUUAGUGUCAAUAUUUGCAGAGGAAGAGGACCUAGGGAUUUUUGUUGUGUAAGAUGGCAUCUGUUUCAUUUCUUAACGGAUAGCAUUGUUUCUGGCACUGAAUUUCUAGUAAUGAUAUAUGAGUGCAUUCAGGCUGCA